AUGGGGAUAGUGGAAUUGACACGUCGGGAAACAUUCUCGGCCAGUCAUCGUUUACAAAACUCGUUGUUGAGUGAUAUUGAGAAUCAACAAUUAUAUGGUAAAUGUAAUAAUUUGAAUGGUCAUGGACAUAACUACGUUUGGGAGGUAACCCUUCGAGGACAGAUUGAUCCGAAAUCAGGAAUGGUGUACAAUUUGACUAAUCUGAAGAAUGAAAUGAAGAGCGUACUUGAUGAGGUGGAUCAUAAAAAUUUGGAUAAAGAUGUCGUCUAUUUUGAAAGUAACGUAAGUACCACUGAGAAUUUAAUCGUUUACUUAUGGAAUGAGCUGAAAUCUAGAAUAACAAAUCCUGAAUUGCUUUAUAAAAUGAUUUUGCAUGAAACUGAAAAGAACUCGGUUGCUUAUCAUGGAUAA